AUGGAGACUACGAUCAUGGGAGAUUUUGGUAGCGUGGCGGAUGAUGGAUUCAUUCAUGUAGUAGACACAGUUCUUGUGGAGAUGAAAGCAGUAAUGGCCUGGGGCUUCGUCGGGUCCCUUUGUCGCCAGCAGUUCCACAAUGUGCUUCAGAGGAGCUCCAUGACUAGAUACCAAGUCCUCUUCUUCCUCUCUCUGAUAGCAUUUGUAUUGUUGGGUUCUUCCUCGGCAAUCCCAAGGAAGAACGUGGGGAUAUAUGAGCUCAAGAAAGGAAACUUCUCUGUUAAGAUUACGAACUGGGGUGCCACAGUCCUCUCGGUCAUCCUUCCAGAUUCCAAAGGAAAUUUAGCUGAUGUUGUUCUUGGUUAUGAAGGGCUUCGUCCAUACAUUAAUGGGAAUACUUAUUUUGGUGCAUUGGUAGGGAGGGUUGCUGGCAGAAUUUCAGGGGCUCGAUUCGUUCUAAAUGGAACUGCAUAUAGGUUAUAUCCUAACGAAGGAAAAAACAGCCUUCAUGGUGGGCAUAGAGGGUUCAGCUUUGUCAUCUGGACAAUCAAGGAGAAGGUUGAUGGUGAAUUCCCCUACAUAAAGUUGUAUUACUACAGUUUUAACAAAGAACAAGGUUUUCCUGGCGAUCUAGAUGUCUAUGUGACCUACAAGAUCUCUGGUGAUUAUGAACUGAGUAUCACAAUGGAAGCCAAGCCAAAGACAAAAGCCACACCAGUAAAUCUUCUCCAGCAUUCCUACUGGAACCUCGGUGGCCAUAGCUCCGGCACAAUCUUAUCAAAUACCGUCCAGAUCUUUGCCUCCUAUCUUAUUCAAGUAGACAAUCAGAGCAUCCCGACAGGAACUAUCUCUUCAGUCUCUGAUAGCCCUUUCGACUUUCGCAAACCAAACAUCAUCAAAAGUCGAAUCAAACAUGUCAAGAAUGGCUACAACACUAACUAUGUUGUUGAUGGCCAUGGAAUGAGGAAAGUUGCAGUUGUAGAGGAUGGUCGGUCAGGCCGGGCAAUGGAGCUUUGGGCAAAUCAGCCUGGAGUUCAGUUUUACACUGCAUAUUAUGUGAAUGAUGUUGAAGGCAAAGGAGGGGUGAUAUAUAAGAGAUAUGCAGGUCUAUGCAUGGCUUCACAAGGGUUUCCUGAUGCUGUGAACCAUCCUCAAUUCCCUUCACAGAUUGUGAAGCCUGGAGAGGUUUACAAACAUGACAUGUUGUUCAAGUUUUCAUUUUAGCGUGAAGAAAAGGAUUGGGUAAGGUGUAUUAUCUUCAAUUGCUGCUUUUAGCUUGGCGUUCAAAGUAAGUACCUAUGGAA